ACGUUUCGUUAAAAAUAAGUUGUUGUUUGGAAAAACGUGUUGUAUUGUUGUUUGAAAAAGUGUUUUUUAUCACGUUUUUUAUUUGUGUAUUAGAGUUCCUCCAGAUAUGAAAAUGGUUAUGGAUUUUUUGGCAUGUGUUAUUUAAAACCUCAAGUCACAGUUCCCGGGUAACAGUGAACCGUAAUGCUGGGGUUUUUAAUGAAGCUGCUAAGGCAGAAGAUACACUAAUGAUUUAAUAAGGUUUGUUUUUUUUAUUACAUAUAUGUAUAUGCAAAAUACAAAGAUUUAAAAAAAACUUGUGAUUUUGUUAUAACUGUAUGCAACAAUCCUCUGGCAAUUUCAUUUAUCAAAGAGAUCAAAAGUCAAAACGAGCAAACUGAGUAGCUUUUACUCAGUUUCAUUUCAAAGCGGAGCUUAGCGAUGAUCCCGUACCAGCUACACAGCGAUUUGGCGCGUUUUACUACCCAACAAACAAUUUUGUUGAUUUACAGCUUAAUAAGCUAUUAUUCAGUGAACUUUUGCCGGAACUAUGGCUUAACAGGGCGUUAUACAACAAAAUUGUUUGUUGGGUAAUGACGGCUUGACGUAAAAUUUUUGACAUAUCAAUUCUUUCGCUAGAUUCCAGCGAACAUUCAUUUACUGUUUUUGUUCGGCAAAUAGUUUUGCUGUAUUUUCGCGAAUCACUGAAUCGAUUACUGGUUUCCAGUAAAUUUAUCAAUGAAAUACUGGUUUACAGCAAAAAUAAAAUUACUGAACGAAAUUCAGUAAAUUGUAGAACUGAAUUACAGCAAACUUUUGAAAAAAAUGCUGUGAUUCAGUAAACAAAUGGUUUGCUGAUACACUUUCAGCAAUGUACUUUGCUGAACCAUAAAGAGAAAUUUUGGUGUGAGGUUCACUUUUAACGAAAGUGAGUGACAUCUCACUCAGUUUAGAGUUAAAUUUGACGAGCGUGUAGGGCUUUACUUGGUAUCAGUCCAAAAAAUCGAAAUACCGGGGCGAAAGUAUCGAUUUUUUUGAUACCGAUACAGCAUUGCCCAAUGUUGCUGUAAACUGUGCUGUGUAAACUAGUUAGUUUUAUAAAAACGUUUAUCAACAUCGUAGUGUCAUUUUCAGUUUUUUUUACAAAUUCUAAUAACUAAACUUAAUCAUCUGAAAUUAAUCAUGAGUGAAGGUGAUAAAACAAUGUAUGGUACAACAUUAUCGCUAGAAUCAAUUAAAGUAAUAGCCGAAAGUAUUGGAGUCGGAAGCCUUCCGGAUGAUGCGGCAAAGGAACUCGCCGAUGAUGUCUCUUUUAAAUUGAAACAAAUUGUCCAAGAUGCGGCAAAGUUUAUGUAUCAUUCGAAACGAAUGAAGAUGUCAAUCGCCGAUAUUGAUCAUUCCUUAAAAGUACGUAACAUUGAGCCUCAAUACGGUUUUGUUUCGCCUGAUUAUAUUCCGUUUCGAUUCGCUUCCGGCGGAGGCCGAGAGCUACAUUUUAUCGAGGAAAAAGAAAUUGAUCUUGCAGAUGUCAUACAAACCGCACCUCCGAAAAUCCCGCUGGAUAUUACAUUACGCGCUCAUUGGCUUUGUGUAGAUGGAGUUCAACCGACUAUUCCGGAAAAUCCACCGCCGCUCUCUAAGGAUGUUCAAGCGUUAGAUUCAGUUAACCCGGUACAUAAACUUGACAAAGCUCACAUUAAAGAUACAACUGGCAAACCUGCAAUAUGGAAGGCGCAAAAGCUUAAAAAUGUCGAGACGGUUCAUGUUAAACAAUUAGCUACACAUGAACUGUCUGUAGAGCAACAGUUAUAUUAUAAAGAAAUUACUGAAGCCUGUGUUGGAUCAGAUGAGGCUAGGAGAGCAGAAGCACUCACUUCUUUAGCUUGCGAUCCAGGAUUGCAUGAAAUGUUACCUAGAAUGUGUACGUUCAUCGCUGAGGGGGUAAAAGUUAAUGUGGUUCAGAAUAAUCUCGCUUUAUUGAUCUACUUGAUGAGAAUGGUUCGAGCUUUACUGGAUAAUCCUGCUCUAUAUCUUGAGAAAUAUCUUCACGAAAUGAUUCCUUCUGUUUCUACGUGCAUCGUUUCUCGGCAACUCUGCAUGCGCCCCGAACUAGACAAUCACUGGGCUCUUCGUGAUUUUGCAGCACGUCUUAUGGCACAGAUCUGUAAAAAUUUCAACACCUCUACAAACAAUCUGCAAACGAGGGUAACCAGAUUGUUCAGUUCUGCGUUGCAAAAUGACAAAACGCCACUAUCCUCUCUUUACGGAGCUUUGGAAGGAUUGUCUGAGCUCGGAACAGAAGUUAUAAAAGUCUUCAUCAUUCCCCGGCUUAAGUUCAUUUCUGAGCGAGUGGAAGUGCAUCUACAAGGUAGUAAUAUCAGUGCUACGGACAAAAUUGCUGCUGGACAUAUAAGAGCAAUGUUGCAAAAAGUUUGUUCACCUAUCUUAAAAAUCCUUCGAAACCCACCAGAUAUUGUAGAAGAAUACAAAAAAGAUUAUGGUUUUCUUGGACCAACAUUACAUCAAGGCGUUAUCAAAGCUAGAACAGCUCCUCCAUCUGCACCUACAUGUACAAGCACUAACACUACUGCCAAUGUUUCAAUCGUAACAACUACAUCAAAUGCACCGGCCAGACCACAGACUCCACUUAUAAGUGGAAGCGUCAGCAGUGUUGGGAACAAGAGUUCUGGUGUUCAAAGGCAAACUUCCACAGGUGGGCAAUCUUCUUCCGGCGGACAACAGCAAAAGUAUGUUAUCGUUACGCAACGUCAACAGACACCUUCUCCCUCGCAAGAUGAUUUUUUAGGUAUCAUUCAGCAUAGCCAACGGCCUAGUGGUAGCUCAGGAGUAUCUGCCCAGCCUCCUAUGAUUAAAAUCGAACCGAACACUCAGAAGUUAGUGUUACCACAAGGUCCAGCAGCGAAUGUAAUCACAAAACCCAUAUUUGUCAGUGGCAGCAGUAGUACAUCAGGAACGGGCAAUACACAACCCCCACCGCCACUAGAGCUUGAUGAUUUAUCACACUUAGCAUAAAUCGGUAUAACGGUAUAAACAGUCUGCGUAUGCUUUAACAUGUUUAUUCCUGUGUUAGAACAAAUGUAUAAUAUACAAAACUUGCAGGUAUCAAGCGAAAUCCGUGAUCCGAAAUAUAACAAUGUAACUGAUUAUUUCAAACAACAUUAUUAACAAUUAACGAAAUAUUAAUUUUUUUAUUUAUCUCUUAUUUACCUACACGAACGGAUUGUUGUUUAGCGUUGAAAGUGUUGUAGAUUGUAACGAAUUUCCGGUCUAUACGAUAUCAGUUGACAAAUCAUGUCUUAACGAUCGUACGAAAACAUCGUACAAAACAUAUUUAAACAUUUAACCAAUAAAACAUAUUUAAACAUUUAAAGCAAUA